ACUAAACUUUUGGAGACAUUGUAAGAAUAGUGGCUUUAUUCAAAAACUAGUAAAGGCAUCAACAUCACCAUCCUCUAUCUCUCAGAAGAUGGCUUCUGCUGAACCGGAAAUAACCCCAAAUACACUUCAUACUGAAGAAGAGAAAAAUGAUGUUACUGGGCAAGAAAUUGUGAGUCCUGAAGAUUACAUUAAACAUCCACUGCAGAACAGAUGGGCUUUGUGGUUCUUUAAAAACGACAAAAGUAAAACCUGGCAAGCUAACCUGAGGCUCAUCUCCAAAUUCGACACAGUUGAAGACUUUUGGGCGCUUUACAACCACAUCCAGUUAUCAAGCAACUUAAUGUCUGGAUGUGACUACUCACUCUUUAAGGAUGGUAUUGAGCCCAUGUGGGAGGAUGAGAGGAAUAAGAAAGGAGGCCGCUGGCUCAUCACUCUCUCCAAACAGCAACGAAGAGCCGACCUGGACCGCUUCUGGCUCGAGACGCUUCUGUGUCUGGUGGGGGAAGCAUUUGAUGACCACAGCGAUGAUGUCUGCGGUGCCGUUGUCAACAUUCGGACGAAAGGAGACAAGAUAGCAAUAUGGACGACAGACUAUGAAAAUAAAGAUGCAGUCGUACACAUCGGGCGAGUCUACAAGGCCCGGUUAGGUGUACCACCUAAUGUCAUCAUUGGAUACCAGUCACAUGCAGACACAGCUACAAAAAGUGGCUCCACCACCAAGAACAAGUUUGUGGUCUGAGGACUGACCCAGUGCACGCAGCUGCGACAUCAGUGCUGUUUCAAUGAAGAAACCAAAGUUACACCUAACGAGAGCCAGUGAGAGGAUCGGCAUGCGCUACAUACAGGAAAGAAAAACAGUGGAAUGGUGUGGAAAACUCUUCUGGACUUCUGUUAAUAAGCAGACAUGCUAAAACAGUGUCUUAUAACUAACUGUACAGUGUAUAAAAGCAGAACCAUAUUAAUUUUUUGCAUUGGUUUAUUGCUGCAUUGGGAAUCAUUGAGAUAACUGAUUGUAUGUGUUUUAUUACUUGUUUACUUUUUUGGUUUAAAAAAAAAAUACUACAACAUCUAAUUUAUUUCAUUUACUUUAGUUUUAUAUUGAUGUUGAUUUGAAUAUUGGUCAGCCUUGAUGAACAUACUCAUUUGAUUUUUGUUUGUUUCUUUUUUUGCCACCUUGAAAUGAAAUGAUUUCAAGAAAGCCCUUUAGAUCCUUCAAAUCCGUUCAGUUGUAAAUGUGUAUGAUUGACAUUUUCUGUUGCGUUCUGUAUUCCUGGUGUGUAUAGUAAUACAAACGAUAAAAAUGAUGAAAAGAUUUGGAUGCCUUGAUUAAUGGGGGUAAAAAAAAAAGAAGAAAAAUAUAAUAGGAAUGAAAACUGUAUGAGAGAUGACUGUAAAUAAAUGUGUACAGUGCAUUGUCUUAAUCCAGUGA